UGCCUUCAAACGUAAACAAACAAGUGCGCCGCCACGAUGUUAGUCAAAGGUGCUGCCCGCCAGCUGAAGCAAAUAACAAAGUUUGGCACGCAGAAGUGAAAUAAAUCGCCUAAAUUUGUUAAAAUAAGUGGAGUGAAGUGUUUUUGCAACUAAAAUUGAGAUGGAUCAUCCUCGGCCAUGUGGUUGCAAGGGCCGGCGAACGUGCCUAAGCUGCGAGGCCGAAUUCGGUAUCGCGCCAAUCGAUUUCUACAGCACAUUUCAGAAUAACGAUUCCUACGUGUACUGUCCACGCUGUAGCAAAAUCUACCCGGGAUGGGAUUGGGAAAAGGUGCUUGCGGAACAUUCUGAUACACCCCAGCACGGUGGCGUCCAGGGCGAAGACUAUCCGGGCGUGUACAUCGAUCUCGACUUCCUAACCACCACCGAGGAGGCAGAGCUGCUGCAAGGGCUAGACGAGCUACCGUGGGACGUCUCGCAGAGCGGUCGGCGGAAGCAGAACUUUGGUCCGAAAACAAACUUCAAAAAGACGCGCCUCCGGCCGGCCCAGUUUGCCGGGUUUCCGCAGCUGAGCGAAUUUGUGCAGCGACGGUUCGAGCAGGUCCCACUGCUGGCCACUUUUCAAACCAUCGAGCAAUGUUCGCUAGAGUAUUGUCCCGAGCGUGGAGCUUCGAUCGAUCCGCACAUUGACGAUUGCUGGAUUUGGGGCGAGCGGAUCGUGACGGUAAAUUUGCUGAGCGAUUCCGUGCUGACGAUGUCACCGUACCGAGGGGAGGAGGGAAAGACAAAGUAUAAUCUACACUUUCUGGAGCAAUACAGGGAGCAUCUGCUCGGGGAGCUGAUGGAUGAGGAUGCACUGGCCGGUUACGAGAAUCGGAUCGUACGGAUACCGAUGCCAAGGCGCUCACUGUUGGUCCUGUACGGACCUCCGCGCUACCAGUGGGAACAUUCCGUUCUGCGGGAGGACAUUAAAGAGCGCCGUGUCUGCCUAGCGUAUCGCGAAUUUACACCCAUGUACUUGCAAGGUGGCAGUGAAUUCGGUCAAAGUGAAGAGAUUUUCGAGCGAGCGAAGCAAUUUUGGGACCACCGUACAGUUAAGGUUGAAAGCUAGCCUGUCUUAAAGCAGAAUUUCGGAAGCUGGGAUGAUUUUUGAGUAAUAUUUUUGAAUUAGACCAUCCAACUGCAAAAGAAAGCAGAUGUAAAACUCAUCUUUUAAAUCUAAAUUACUCAGCAAAUUUGUAAAUUAUACCGAUCGAAAGAAAGUAUUGCACCGGUCAAACAAAUAAUGGUUCCAAUUUGUUUAAACUGUGUCACGCUAUUCGGAAUGUGCCCAUCUAUGUUUCGGAAACAUUAAAUCGCAUGGCUAAAAUAUGUGCUCAAUUCAGUGAUAUACACAA